AUGGCCCGCAAGAAGCCCGUGUCCGGCAAGGCCCGCAAGGCCCAGCUGCAGACCAAGCGCGCUGUCAAGAAGGCGUCCGUCACCCCUGUCCCCUUCCCCGCCGACGUCGUCUCGCACCCCGUCCUCGCCGCCCUCCUCUCGUCCAGCACCGCCUCCUCCUCGUCAACCUCCCACAACAAGCCUCACACGGGCUCGCGCGCCGAGCGCACCGGCGACCGCAUCGGCCACCGCUUCCGCACCGCCGAGCAGCGCGAGCGCGACGAGGUCCACGGCGCCCGCAUGGCCCUCGAGUCGCGCUUCGUCCGCCUCCCAAAGCACAUCGCCGACGUCCACGCCCAGGUCGCCGCCACUGACAAGCUCGUGCGCCCCGUCGACGACGACAUGGGCGUCCUCCGCCCCGAGGACCUCGUCCCGAGCCUCGAGCGACCGCCCGACCGCGACCCGGACGGCGGGGUGCACCCGGCGGCGGCGGCGGCGGCGGCGGCGAGCGAGUUCGAGCUCACGUGCCCCAAGCGGCCCAAGUGGAACUACAACCAGACCAAGCGCGAGGUCGAAAAGAACGAGGAGGGCAUCUUCAAGAAGUGGCUCGAGACGACCGACGACAUCCUCGCUCGUGCAGCUGCGCCACCGCUGCACGAGGACGGCACGCUCGCGGGCCUGCCCGGGUCGCCCACCUUCUUCGAGCGCAACCUCAACGUCUGGCGCCAGCUGUGGCGCACGACUGAGGUCAGCGACAUCCUCUGCGUCCUCAUCGACGUCCGCUUCCCCCUCCUCCACUAUCCGCCCUCGCUCCGCACCUACCUGCGCACCAUCAAGCCCGCGCCCAAACCCGUCGUCCUCGUCCUCACCAAGACGGACCUCGUCCCGCACGAGGUCGCCGACGCGUGGCGCGAGUACUUUGAGGAGCUCGAGGGCCCGGACGGCGCCAAGGUCGUCCUCAUGGAGAGCUACCGCGAGGAGCAGCGCCGCGAGGAGACGCAGGGCACCCAGCCCCGCUUCGUCCCCUCGGCCCCUCCACCUCUGCGCAACGCCCUCCUCACCGCCCUGCGCGACGCGCACGCCAAGCUCCUCACCCCUCCCCCGAUCAUUUCUUCCGUCCCCGAGCGCCUCGCACGCUGGCGGCCUCGUUGCCGCCGCACCGUCGACUGGGAGGGCGUCGCCGACGAGGGCGGCGAGACGGGCAUCCGGGCGGGCAGGAGCGACUUUGGCGAGGUGCAGAAGCGGAGGAGGGGCAAGGGCAAAGGGCGAGGCGCGCGAGACGACGAGAUGGAGCUGCGCGAGGAGGAGCCGGCGCACGAGGACGAGGGCGAGGGCGAGGGCGAGGCGAGCGCGGGCGAGCGCGAUGAGGACGACGAGUUUCCGUUCUUGACGGUCGGCCUCAUCGGGCAGCCCAACGUCGGCAAGUCGAGCUUGCUCAACGCGCUCCUCGGCCGCAAAGUCGUACGGGCGUCGCGCACGCCGGGCAAGACCAAAACGCUCCAGACCAUCUUCUGGAACGCCAACUUGCGCCUGUGCGACUGCCCCGGGCUCGUCUGCCCCUCGUCGGCCGGGUUCGAGCGCCAGGUGUGGGGCGGCGUCCUCCCGAUCCAGAACGUCGAGGCCGUCCUACACCUCAUCGGUCAGCGCCUGCCGCUCGAGAAGGUGCUGCGCCUGCGGCACGACGACGAGGUGUACGAGGCGGCGCAGGACGAGGACGAGUUCAGUCUUGACUCGGUCGAGGAGAGGAGGGCGGCGAGGCGGGCCAAGGAGGUGUCGAGGUGGACGACGGACGAGCUCCUCGCGGCGUACGCGGUCCAGCAAGGCUUUGUCACCGCCAAGGUCGGCCGUCCCGACAUUUACCGCGCCGGCGCCUUUAUCCUGCGCCUGCUCCACUCGUCGACCAUCCCCUGGGCCUUUCACCCGCCCGGUCCGCCGCCAUGCGCCGACAAGGAGGGCGUCUGGCUCUGCGGCUUCUCGCCGCGUGCGAGGGCGGCGAGCGAGCGCGACGGCGCGAGCGAGCUCGACGACGACGAGGACGGGCGAGGGACGGGCGACGAGGAGACGAGCGAGGAGGGGUCGGACGACGAGGAGGAGGACAGUGCGGACGACAAGGCGGUGCAGGCCGUCCGAGGGGCGUUCGCCGCGCUUGCCGUCGAAGGCGAGGACGACGACGAGGAGGACGACGACGCAGGAGGGAGCGAGGGCGGUUCAGACGGCGACGAGGAGGAUGUGUUUGAAUCGGGAGGAGACGACGAGUAGCUCGCCCGCUCUGCGAUGUUCUGCGUCUCCCUC